AUGAACCAACAAAAGCUGGUCGAACUGCUGCAGGCGUGCCAGAUUCCCAACACCCAGAAGGUCAAGGCUGCCACCGCCGAACUGCGCAAGAACUUCUACCCUCACCCCGACUCCCUGCUCGGUCUGCUUCAUGUCAUCGUCUCGCACCCGGACGCUACUGUGCGCAUGCUUGCCGCGGUCCAGGCCCUGCGACUUGUGCCCAAGCACUGGGACAACAUAGAUGCCUCGCAGAAACCCGCCGUCCGCGUCCAGCUGCUCCAGACCAUCGUGACGGAGCAGGACAAGAAAUGUCGCCAUGGCCAGUCGCGUGUCAUCGCUGCCAUCGCCUCCCUCGACUUCCAGAACGACGAGUGGGCAGACAUGCUUCCCUCGGUCAUCCAUUUGGCCACCUCCGAUGAUGUUGCCCAUCGCGAGGUUGGCUCCUACAUCAUCUUCAGUCUCGUCGAGGCCGACCCGGCCUACUUCGAGGAUCACCUCCCCAAGCUGUUCGAGCUGUUCACAAAGACCCUCCGAGAUCCGCAGAGCCGUGAUGUCCGAGUCAAUACCAUGAUGUCCAUCAGCGCAGUGCUGAUGAUGGUUAAUGCCGACGACGAGCAGUCGGUGAACACCAUUCAGGAGUUCGUGCCCGCCAUGGUCGACGUCCUCAAGGAUGCCGUCCAAAAUGACGACGAUGAGAGAAUACAGCAGUCUUUCGAGGUCUUCCAGUCCUUCUUGGCUUACGAGUCUGCCCUCGUGUCUCGCUACUUCAAAGACCUAGUUCAGUUCAUGCUGGACCUGGCUGCCAACACUGACGCCGAUGCCGACGUACGUACGCAGGCUCUAGCCUUCUUGGCACAGUGCGUGAGGUACCGUCGCAUGAAGAUCCAGGGUAUUCCGGACAUGGGCUCCCAGCUCAUGAAGAGGAGUCUCCUAAUUCUUUCUGAACUGGAAGACGAUGAUGAGGACGACGACAUGACUCCUGCGAGGUCUGCUCUGACCAUGAUCGAUCAGCUUGCGAGUGAUUUACCACCGCGGCAAGUCAUUGUCCCUCUGCUUGAGGAGUUGCCCAAGUAUGCGAGCUCCGAUAAGCCUGGUCACAGACGGGCUUGCAUCCUGGCCCUUGGCAACUGUGCUGAGGGUGCGCCCGAGUUUGUCUCUACCCAAAUCGCGUCACUUAUGCCCAUGGUUCUUCGUCUACUCCAGGAUCCUGAAAGAAGCGUUCGUUACUCUGCUCUUCUCGGUCUGAUGCGGCUGGGUGAGGACUUGGCCGACAGCAUGGCCCCUCAUCACGAUGCCAUCAUGACCGCCUUGGUGCUGAAUCUGGAUGCGGCAAGCAGUGACCCAAAUGACAAGAAGAACACCGAGGUCAUCCGCUCCGUCUGUGGUGUUAUUGACGCUCUGGCUGACGGCUUGGGAUCUGAAAUCAUGGGCAAGUAUGCCGAUAGCAUGAUAAACCGCGUUGGAACCUUCCUGUCACAUCCCGACUCCACUGUCAAAGCUGCCGCAUCAGGUGCCAUCGGGGCUAUCGCCUCAUCCAUCAAGGGCGCAUUCGUCCCUUACCUGGACCAGAUCAUGACGGCCAUGUCCGCUUUCAUCAUGGCCGAGAGCGGUGACGAGGAAUUAGCCUUGAGAAGUGCUGCAUGCGAUUCCAUGGGACGUAUCGCUGUCGGCGUUGGUGCUCAGGAGUUCAGCAGCUUUGUCAUGCCGCUGUUGGUGUCAAGUGAGAAGGCUCUUCAUCUUGGCAACCCUCGUCUGAGAGAAACCACUUUCAUCUUGUGGAGCCAGCUUGCCACCGUAUACAAUGGCGACCUUGGAGACUCACUUGCUGGCAUCUUCAAGGGGCUCUUCGACAGCCUUGAGUUGGAAGAAGAGGAAGUAGAUCUGGACCUGUCUGAAGACCAGCAGGGCCUUGUCGACGAGGAGAUAGUCCUACAAGGGAAGCGACUCAAGGUGAAAGCUGCUGGCGAAGCAGAUGACGAGGAGGAUGCUAUGGAUGAUGACGACGAGGAUGACUGGGACGACCUCGUUGGUGUAUCGGCUCAGGCUAUGGAGAAGGAGAUCGCCCUCGAAGUCCUCGGCGACGUCAUCUACGCCUCCAAGGAGAAAAGCGCUCCUUACAUCGAAAAGGCUGUCGAGCUCGUCACUCCUUUUGCGGAACACUCGUAUGAAGGAUGUCGGAAGACAGCUAUCGGCACCCUUUGGCGGACCUAUGCUUGUGUGUGGGAGGCCAUGGAGCAGCAGGCAGGACGCAAAUGGGAAGCUGGUCUGCCUCUGAAGUUCGAACCAGUCGCCAAUAUCAUCAAACUUGGUGAGAUCGUCAGCACGGCAACUCUGCAACUUUGGCAAGAGGAAUCUGACCGGGAUGUGGUCACGGAGAUAAACCGCAGCGUUGCUUUCACCCUCAAAGCUUGCGGUCCGGCGAUACUGGGCCAGCAGGGCAUGAUGGAGCAGAUCAUCACGGUAAUAGGUACGAUUGUCACUCGGUCCCACACGUGCCAGCUAGACAUGGGCGACGAGGAUGAGGAUCAAGACCCUUCUCAGGGAAGCUCCGAGUGGGAUUGGCUCAUCAUCGAUACGGCACUGGACGUCAUGAUUGGGCUCGCCUGCGCGUUGGGACCCCAGUUCGCCGAGGUCUGGAAAGUCUUCGAGAAGCCGGUGAUGAAGUUCGUCAGCUCCAACGAAGCCAUCGAACGGUCAACCGCCGUCGGCGUGGUAGCUGAAUGUGUCGCCUACAUGGGCAGCGCCGUCACGCCAUACACCUCGAAUCUGCUACGGACGUUGCUGCACCGCCUUUCGGAUGAGGACAAGGAGACCAAGUCCAAUGCGGCGUACGCCACCGGGCAGCUCGUGUUCCACUCAGAAGACGCCAAAGCAUACCUUUCCAGUUAUCCGCAGAUAAUGGGCAAGUUGGAACCUCUAUUGCAGAUCAAGGACGCUCGCCUACAGGACAAUGCUGCGGGUUGCUUGUGUCGUAUGAUUCUGGCACACCCAGAUCAUGUUCCCAUUGCCGACGUAUUACCCGCUCUGGUCGACCUGCUUCCUCUCCGGGAGGAUUACGAAGAGAACAAGCCGGUAUAUCAGUGCUUGCAUGAGCUCUAUGUUAUUUCCAACCCUACCGUGCAGGAGCUUACGCCCAAGCUAUUGCCUAUCUUCCACAAGGUUCUCAGCCCACCCGAGGAGCAGCUUGAGGAGGAGACGAGGGAGGUGGUGAUGGAGAUGGUUCGGAUUCUCACCAAGUAG